GUCUAUUCAUGAAAAAAAUCGAGCUGUAAAUCGACGUCUAUUUUCAAUAUAUAUAUUUUUGUCUGAAAACAUAACAGUGAAAAUCGGACUUCUGGAUUGUCACGCAUUUUCCACAGAAAAAAAUUAAAUCCCCCCGCAGUGACUGGAACUAUGUGGGCGGCUCACAAAUUCCGAAUUCAGAAUGUCAAUCAAAUCGAUGAAAUUUUAAUCAGAUUAGAUUACAGGAUGUGAUCAACUCAACAUUCCUUUAUUCACCGAUUCCGAGUUCAAAUCCUCAUUCGAUUGGACUUUUCUAGUCUGCGCGGGGAAUGUCUGUCAACGAGCUGUUAGCAUCGGUAAAUCCGAACGUGGAGAAGUCACGAGGACAUCUGGUCUUCUGGAUCUGAUAUGACAGCUCGCACGCACACAGCCGCAUCAAGCAUCACCGUGUUCCAAAUUCCGCUCCUGCCCGGUGCACACACUGCUAGCUGGCUGGCAAGGGGAUACCAAAAUUGCCACGAGAAUGCGAGCUGAUGCGCUAGUCUUCCACCAUCCCGUCUCCGCGGAGCAUCGGGCGACCGAAGAAGCCGGAACCGGACGGGGACGAUAAUGAAGUGUUCGGAGAGCUUCUUCGCGAUUCUGUACGUUGGCACACGGAGUUAACCCGCGCGGUGGGAUGUGGGAGGCCGUGUGACUCGGCGGCAUAUAUACAUAACAACAACGGCAACCCACACUCUCAUCCGUACUGUCAUCCCCGUCAGGCGACUCCUCCCCCAUGCAGAGCUCGCGUACGACCAGAUCCAGCGCCCGCAUCGCUAAUGCCUCUUCUGCGAGUGCUCGCCUCGUCAAAGCCCGUGAGCCAGAGGACGGAGACGACCAAGAACAGGUCGAAGUCGAUGUCCUGCCCGAGGCAGCGAGCACGUCCCAGUCUGGUGACGACGAAGAACGCGAGGAGGAGGACCCCGACAGCGGCGAGCCCGAGGUGGACGAGCCCGAGGAAUACGAGCUGGAAGAUGAGGAGGAUGAUGAGUUACAGCAGUCCCGAUCACCGUCGAUCUCCGUCACCCCGGUUAGAUCUCCCCUCAAGAUCAAGUUCAAGGUGCGGCCGCCCCCUGCGCUAGCCAGAGCGAAACGUCUACGAGCCCUGACACAAGUCCAAUCUGAAUCCGAGACGUCGGAAUCAGAAGAGGAAACACUCCAAAACUCACGUCUCACGAAACGCCAAGCCGCGCUCGCCAGGGCCCGUCACAAUGGUGGCAGUUCUCAAUCAUCAGGCGCUGAAGAAGACGGGGAGGAGGAUCAAAUCGAUCCAUCGUCUCAAAACAAGCGCAAGACCGUUCUCGACGCAACUGAGAUCGCACUCCGCAAAGAGGAGUCCGCUCGAAAGCGACGCAAUGUUACAGAGAAGAAGCUCCAGGACGAAAAGGCUAGCGCUUAA